AUGGCGGCCCACAAAUCUCUUCCGCGCUUGCAUUUUGUCGACGAAAACGAUCCUGAGAAGCGACACAAAUCCCGAGCGCAUCUUGCCAGGGAGUUGCAUCGGAUAAAGCGCCAGCGCAGAAAAGGCGAUCACUCGACCCUCGCCAUUUCCCACGCAGAUUUACGAUUCGACCAGUUCAAGUGGCCCGUUGACGUGGUGGUCAAGGCAGCCUGUCCACCGACGGUUGAUCUCCCUCUCCAUCUGCUGGUGACACCCUCGGACAGAUGUCUCUUCCAUCACUAUACAACCGUUAUGCCGGAGCUAUACAGAGCACGCUGGAAGCACAUGGGCGACGCAAAUGCCGUGAGAGACUUGUUCCAGCUCUACUGCCGUGACGAGGUGUCCUUUCGAGCCAUAUUGUUCGAUGCGGCAACUCAUCGCUCAGCCCUUCAGGGGAUACCAGCUCCGCUCGAGUACGAGAACCGUCUUGUGCGAAGCGUCAGGUCCAACCUUCCCACUCUCAACACAGGCGUCAUUCUCGGCACGGCAUUACUCUGCAGCCUUAAAUGUAUGGCAGGGUCGGACGGUACCUCACAUUGGCAAGCGUUCAGGGAGAUGAUAGCGCUACACGGCGGAUUGUCUUCGUUCAAAGGCGACUAUCUCAUGUUCACAAAGCUCGUCUGGACCUUCGUUGCCUUGCCAGGACCUCUGACGGGGUUCGACUUUGCUCCAGACUUGGAAGUGGGGCUCAAGGACCUCAGCGAUCUGCUUCGGAGUCGUCAGAAGGCCCUGGUUGAUCUGUUACCUACUUCCGAAGUAGAGAUGGAUCGCUUGUCCGACUUGAGGAGGAUCAAGGUGUUCCAAGCUUCGACCCUGAAAGGCCUGCUCCAGAAACCAACGUCAGAAUAUCCCACGGAACGUAGCUGCCGGCUCGCGGUCCUUUUGUUUCUCACAUCGGCACUCAGGUCCCAUGGAGACUUUGACCCGGCGACCGAUUCGUGUAUCGAGGCCAUCAGCCAACACCUGGAAGAAGCCCGAGACGAUGCAUCAAUAUCACCGGUCCAUCUGUUGUGGUUUCUAAUUCGACUGAGUGUCUCGGCAUCGAUCGGCGAGAGGUAUGCUCAGGUCUGGAUUGGCGUCAUACGGAUGUUGGCAGCAUUUCAUCGACUGGCACCUUCUGUACAGAACAAUGCAGAAAGGCUGCUUUUCACAUCACUCGAGAUGCCGGAGAUGUUUGAACAGAUACCCGCCGGAUGGGGAGUUGAUGGAGAACUACGGGUCGAUGCAGAUCCUGUACGCCGGGACGUGCACGACCGAUCUGUCCCUGCAGAAUGCUAUUGCGAGCUUCUCUGGUUCACGGCACCUCCAGAUGAACAGCUUCCCUCCUGACCUGUCUGU